AAGAUAAUGCUUCGCAUGCGCGAUGAGCCGGUUGCAAUAUUAUGACAACAAACUCGAUUAGAGACCGCGCGGUAUAAAGUGAUUUUGUUUAAUAAAAAUCAUUGUUAAGCAAUUAAAAUUUUGAUCAUCUCAUCGAAUUUAUUAAUUUUAAGAAAUGGAGGACUCAGAAUUGCAGAGUAAUAUAUUACUGUCAGUAUGCGUUAUAUGUGAUAUCCAAAUUCCUACUUUGGAAGCAAAAGAUCACCCUUGUUUUGUUGGGUAUAAUAUUGACGAAUUGUACUCAUUUGCUGAUUAUGUGGGCCCCAGCGAAGAUAUUGAUUUGUUGAUAGAAGAUAUGCGCCCCGAAUAUCUAGAGAAAGAUCGCGAAAUGACUGAACCUUCUUUUAAGAAACGCAAAUUAAAUAAAGAACCUGCAAAUGAUAAUAAAAUGAUUCAAAAUGAUGAUGAUGUGAGCAUUGCUGUAAACGAAAACGUUGAACUUAAUAAGAAUGGAAAUGCUAAAAAAAAUACUGAAAAUUAUAUGCUACUAAUCGACUUGAUUAAAGAAUUUCCAAUUCUCUGGAACCACAAAAUUCCUAUAUUGGAAAGAAAUCCGCUUGCAAAAUCAAAGGCAUGGAAUCAAAUUUUGCAAAAUUUUCCAGGUUGGAGUAAAGAGUUCAUGAUGAAAAAAUUUAAUUCGUUAAAAGAAGUAUAUACAAGGCGCAAAAGUCAUGUACCUAGUGGUUCGGCCCAAAGGGCACAACGCUAUUGGAUAUUUGAUGAUUCCUUUUCGUUUUUAAAUGAUGUUAUUGCACCUGCAGCAACCAUCAGCAAUGUUCCAGCUUCCAAUGCACCCGAAGAAAAUAAUAAUAAUGAUAAAGUUCUCAGUGAAUUGGGAUUUAAUGUAAAAGGAAAAGGACCAGUUGCAGAAAUGACAAAAAGCACACGAAAGAAACAAACCCCUUUCGAUGCAGAUAUAAUGAAAUGCAUUGAAACAUUAUCUUCGCCGCCGCCUCAAGUGCAAUUUACCAGCUGUGAACAAUUUGGUAUAUUUAUAGGGAAGGAACUUGAAAAAUUGGAUAACGAUUACCAAAGAAUGGAUGCUCAAAUAAAAAUAAUGAAGGUUUUGCAAGAUGCAAUAUGCCGUUAAGAAAAUGUGUUUAGUAAUCAUUAAGUUGUAUUUAAUCAUUUUUGAAUUUAUAUAUAAUGUUCGAAGUUUUAACGUUAAUACUAUUAUUUUGAGAUUUACGUAACAACCACUUGUGAUUGAUGUUACCUGUGUUACAAAGAAAAUGACUGAUUAGAUAUAUAUAUAUUUAUAACAUUUGUCUAACGAUUAGAAUAUUUAAUGUAUCAAUUAAGGUGAUUAUUUUUGUAUCAAAGUUAACUAAUUUUUAGGCAACAAAUUUUACUUCAAGCUGAUGUUAAAAACACAGUAAAAAGUUGUCUAUAUUGGUGUUAUAAAAGUGUUCAUUUAAUUUUUAAUUAAAUGUGAUAUGAGAACGAUUAAAAAUGUAAAAAUUAAGAUACUGCAUGAAAAAAUUGUGAUCU